AAAACUACUUAAUAAUGAUGUUCAUUUAUUUGUUUCAGAAUGUGGUGGACGCUAACUGGCAACUUCGGCAACAUCCUUCCUAUAGACUGGUCCAAAUCUUACGCUAGGAAAUUACAGAUCAACGCGUUGCAUUUAGAACAGGAGCCCCGGACCCCAGCCGACGACGAGAUCGACUCCCUGAGCAGUGAAGAUGAGCAGGUGGCAGGCGAUCUGGACAUGCACGCGCUCAUCCUCGGCGGACUCGGUAAUCAAGAACAGGAACCACUUAAGACGGCGGACGAGGUGAUCAGGGAGAUCGAUGACAUGAUCAGGGAACAGGAGGAAGAUGGAUCGCCAGACUCUGCGGUAGAGUCUAUGACAUCAGCCUUGGAGAACAGCGAGGUCAUGGAGAAGGCCAAGGAGGUUUUGAGUUCGCCUCUUUACGAAGAUAAAUUGAGAGAUCUCAGCCUAUCGCAACUGAACGAGCUAUUCUUGGAGCUAGAGGUGCUGAUCCGAGAGUUUUCGGAAACCCUUAUCGCAGAAUUGGCACUCCGUGAUGAACUAGAAUACGAGAAGGAACUCAAGAAUACGUUUAUAUCUCUACUGCUUGCCGUACAGAAUAAAAGGAGGCAGUACCAUGUGGAGAAGAAGCGAAGCUCGAAGAACCCCUCGAUCAAACCUGCGAAUGGGUUGGAUCCCAAGUAUUUGACGACCGUGAUUCCUUAUCACAUAGACUGUGGACCACCAGAUAACCAGACGCUGCAGGUACUCAUCAAAAUUCUGAAAGCGAUUAAUGAAGAUAGUCCUACGGUGCCGACCUUACUAACAGAUUAUAUAUUAAAAGUAAUUUGUCCAACAUAAACAGAGAAGAUCCAAGCCACAAGACAUCUAGUUGAAGUAAGCUUUUGAUGCCGCAGCACAUUAGGUUGUUGAUGAAGAUAUUUUAAGCAUAAUACUUAGUCACAGUGUAUUUACUGUAAAGAUGUGUUAUGUGUUGACCAAACAUGUAGUAGAAUUCGAGGAUCGCAUUGGGAUAUUGUAUCGUACUCAAUUGUCCUUAAAUGCUGCUACACAGAUUGAAGAAAGUUACUAUAUCUGGAAGUAAAUAUAUAAACCAAAACUACUGGGGAAAUACUGGCAAUACGUGUACCCGCGUUGAAAGUUCAUUUCGUGGGUUUUAUUGUCAAUAUUUUUUAUAGAAGUAUAUGAUAAAUGAAAAGUUUCGAUCUAUACAUGAUUCUAUUUGUUGGGAUAUUUAUUUAUUAUUAUUUAGUCUCUCUGUUGUAGUCAGUAUCAGAUUAUUUACAAUUUUUGUCAAAAUUCCACAUAUUCUUGUGUUGUCGGAGGAGAAACCGACAUACUUCGUCAAAAUCCAUUGCUUAAGUAAAACAAGAAUGAAUACACACAACGCCUUUUUAUCGUUCUAUGUAUACAGGAUCGGCAGGAAAUCAUUGAGGUCCCGUAUUUAAUAUGUUUGAGCGAGCGAGAUAAAGAGAGAAACACGUAUGCUAGAGCGAGUAUGCGAAUGAAACGUGCUCGAGAAUAAGGGCAAGUCUGUGGUCGUUUUAUUCCCGAUCUCGCUUUAACAUUCGUGUUUCUUUCUCUAUCUCGCUCGAGUACAUUAAGUCAGUGAUUAUCUGCCGAUUAUGUGUUUUUGUUACACUGAAGUUGCUUCUGACUUCUUGCUCUGAAAAUAUAUUAUUUUUUACCCUAAUACACCGUAUUUCACGGAUAUCCUAAUUUUUGAAUACUUUUAAUGUAAAAAUUCUCAAAUUACCAAAAUUUAAACAAAAAAGUUAUGUUCUUACUGUGUUUUUUCAUGUAAAAAUGCACACGUAAUAAAUGAAAAAUAUCCUUUCAAAUAGGAACAUGGUCUAAUUUAAUCCCACUUCUGAUGCCUUGAUUUCGUUUUUUCUUUAUACUCUACCACCUAGGGCAUGCGAUAUUUACUCUAUACUUCAGUAUAGUGCACUUUAAGUUGUAUAUAUUUCGUUUGAAAAUUCUAGUCGAUCCCAUUAGAUAGCUUGAAAACUGAACUGUUACCGGUUGAUUUUCAGAGACCGUAAUGCAGUUUUCAAGCAUAAUGUCUAUAAAAUGGGGCUCUGCAAACAUGACAAACUGUACAUUUUUAGUGUUAUUUCUUUGUCUUGCACACAAAAUCGCUAUUUUGUGCAAUAUUUGAUAAUUUCGUGAACUCGUAGUAUACAGUUAUGUUAAGGACGCUUGGAAAGUUUUUUGAAAUGUAUCAGACGAUUUUGGAAAUCCCGUUGGUGAAAAAACUUCCUACCAAAUAGUAGUACCUAUAUACUAGAUGCAUUACUUCUGUUAAAAGAUUAAAAUCAAAAUUAGGAAAUAUUUUUAGUCUAAGGAUUAUAUUAAUAAUGAUAAAAAAGGUCUUUAAUGGUAGCAUAAUGACCAUUAGCCAUAUGGCUUCUCUGCUUAAACUCAACUCAACUCGUUAUUGGUCAUAAUGUAAAAAAAUAAACAUACAAUUAGUCAAUGUUUCGAAGGAUGUAUUUUAGUUUUAUUUCUAAGAUUUCUUUUUGAAAAUAUUUGAGUGGCGGGCCAAUAUUGAAAUGUCAAUUUGCCCCCAAAAAACAGGCAUCUGUUUUUUAGAAUUUUGACAAAAUUUUCUUAUAUAUGUUAAACUUCUAAAGUGAACACAAGUUUAAUGGAUAGUUCUAUAAUAAAAUGCAGGAUAUUCAGAUAACAAACAAUGACGACUAGAAGAAUUCUUCCAUAGUUUUCUUGCAUAAAUGGCUAACUAAAAGUUGAUAUAUUUCAAAAAACUUCUAUCAUUAAGUGAAUCUCGUAAUUCGGUAUAUGAUAUUUUUAAGUGAGCUUGACUGUAACGCUUAUAUUUUUGUAUUAUAUCCUACUAUGACAAUUUGCCAUCGUUUUAUAUUUUAUGUGAAUGUUUUGUAAAAAAUGUAUAUUUUCUUGUAACGUACAAGAGCUAUUUAUUUUAUUAUUUUCGUCUUGCCAUAUUGUAUUUGUAAGUUUUUUUGCUGAAACAAAAUGUAAUAAUUAUAACCUUGAAAGAUUUAAACCUGAUUAAACUUUUUGUGUAAAUGUUACCUUCUUUCGAUAAGCAGCCUAUGUAGAAGAUCUCUG